CAUGUAGUAUGGUAGAAACAAAUAAAAUAAAAUAACAGCUUCUUAAUUGCCAUUCAAGUCGCAACUUGUUGUGUGGAUAAAAAUGCAUUUUAAAGAAAUGUAUGUAGUUGUUGGUUUGGCGUGGUUGGGUUUUAUUCUAGAAAUUGUAAGUGUGAAAGGACAAACUAACGAUUGUCCAAAAGGAUGCUAUUGUCGAAAGCGAGAUCUCGCCAUCUAUUGCAGACAAAGAAAAUUCAAAACAAUUCCAAUGGACCUUCCAUUUAACAUAACUGCUCUUUAUUUCGGAAGUAAUAUGAUAUCUGAAAUACACAGGGGAUAUUUUGAACCGUAUCCUAUGCUAAAAGUCAUCGAGCUGUCUAACAACGAAAUCGAACUCGCAGACCAAAAUGCUUUUCAUGGACUUACAGAACUCGAGGAAAUCAAUUUGAAAGGAAACAAAAUUGAAGAUUUAGAUCCAUAUAUGUUUAAUGGGCUUGUCCUAGAUUCUCUGGAUGUAUCCGAUAAUAUGCUAAGAUCUUUAGAUGAAAAUACAUUUUCAAAUGCAACGAUAAAGAAGCUUUCGAUUGAGGAGAAUAAGAAAUUGAAAACCAUUAGUGAUGAUGCAUUUGAAAAUUCAACUAUAAGGGAGAUCGUCAUCAAGAACUGCAAUCUUGACGGCGUUUCCGUGUCCUGUCUGAAAAGUAUAAAUGGCCUGACUCGGCUGGAAAUAUCGAAUAAUCGCAAGCAGUUGAAUCUCCCCAGUGGUUUGUUCAGCAAUAUGAGUCUCCAGGUUCUAAAACUGGACAAUAAUAAGCUCCAAACACUUAAUUUUCUUGGGAGUGUUGACGUAACUGAUCUUUCACUCAACGAAAACAAGGGAUUGGUCGUUGAUUUCUCUCCAUUUCCUAGCAUGAGCAAUACCGCUUAUCUCAGUAUGGAAAAUAUAGGAAUUUCAUUGAUCGGCGACAAUGCUUUUAAAAAUCUGGAGAACCUUGUAUCGUUAAAGAUGAUGCAUAACAACAUAAAGAAUCUCAACAGCAGCGCCUUCAAACAUUUCAAGAAAAUCUCCGAACUCCACUUUUGGUACAACAAGAUCAACUACAUAUCAAAUGAUUUCGGGAGGACACUUCCCACUCUUGAGUAUUUUGAACUAAAGAACAACAGCCUGAAAAGUAUCAAUGGUGGUAUGUUCCGAGGUAUGAACAAACUAAUCAUUCUCAACCUACAAAGCAACAAACUACAGACGAUGCCCCUUGAUAUGGAAAAGAUCCUGCAGAAUAUAUCCAAACUAUCGGACUUCUCUGGAAACCCAUUUCACUGUAACUGCGAUCUUAUAUGGUUUUGGAAAUGGGCAAAAGAAAACACAAUGACUGGAAACCAAGCAUUCUGUGCGAGUCCCUUUCAGAAAACUUUCAUUUGGGCGCAAAGGCGAGAUUUCACUUGCACUAAACCCAAUCUCUGUGUCCCAAAGAAUAACACCCUUUUAGAAGGCUCCAGUUUCGUCAUCAUGUGUACGUCACGUGGUGACCCGGCCCCUUUUGUGUCCAUUAACACACCCUCUGGCCAACUGUAUACCAUGAGUCCAUCUGAAAGGAUUAGUAAUACUGUGACUGCAGUUGAGAUCACGAUACCUCGAGUCAACAGUACUCACGCCGGCUCUUACACCUGUAUCGCGACAAGUAUCAAAGGUAGCAUUAGUAAUGUAUUUACUCUUAAAGUUGAUAACCAAAGAAGCCCGAUCAUACAUUCUUCUGCACCAGAUAAGUUGGUUUGCACUAAUCUUGGAUAUGACAUACCAACGACCACCAAAAAAACGAACGUAAUUACACCUCGUCCAAGACGCCCUCCCAACCGCCUCAAAGUAUCUACACCUAGGAAUCCACCAAAAGUGAAAUGGAUUACAACUUCUACAACUACCACCACCACCCCUACCCAAAUCAGUACCACUACCCCACCAGCACCAACUGUUCGUGGUGAAGAAACAAACUACGUCGAGUCUGCCGAAGUUGUUACGUCAAUCCCGAACGUAGAAAAUGCCAUCACGGCCACUAACAGUACUACAAGGAAAGUUGAGUUUACAGAAUAUGUUGUCGGCAUGGUGGUUGCUGUGGUUGUAACCUUAGUGAUAACAUCUAUAAUAUUCUCCGUGGUUAUUUUGGUGUUAUGUAGGAACAGAAUUGUUAAAGUACAAAAAGAACAAAUAGAAAUGACCUCAAACAUUAUACCAGAAAGAGAGUCAAGUAUUGAUUUUUAUGAGCCGCAGCAAGCGUACAACGGUGUGUCUCAUGUGACACAUUACCAUCAGUAACAAAUGAAUAUUAUGUGUUAAAAACACGGGAUGUAUGUUAUGUACUUCUUCACAUCACAUAGAUGCAACGAAAUGAAAUGCUGUGUGUGAACUUACUACAACAAAAUAUAAAUCUAGUAAUAUUGAGAAAGAUUUGAAAAACUUUACAUGUUGCUUAAUUUUGCAGCUAUGUGAUUGUUAAAUCUUUGUAAUUACUUACAGGAAGCAUUCAUGAUGUGCAGACUACACUGUGGAAUAGCAAUAUAUUGAUUGAUGUACAUUAUAUUUUAUUGCAAUUCGUAUUCACUGGAUUACUACUUGGCUCAAAAUUAACGUAGGUCACUCGAGGCAUUAAAAUAAUCAUAACUCAUAGCCAUUUCAGAUUUGAACGUCAAGUUAAGGACAGAACCAUUUAAAAACAAUUUAUAGUUUUUGAGACAAGUUUAAUUAGUCCCUUAGUCACACGUUCUUAUUUUUAUAAACCUAUCGCAUAACGCCGAACUUUGUAAUCCUACAAUGAAGCAAGAGUAUUGUUUCAAAAUGUUUUGAAAUGUUGAAUUCACCGUGAUUGAAGGGAUGCACAUAUCGGAUGAAAUUAAUCUCUAAAAAGCAAGGUUCAAGAUUAGAGCCGUGGACACACCAGCGAUGACGAUGUGCUUGUAAAAUUAGUGGUAUAAAUUGAUACCAUCAAAUGAUCGGUGAUACGAUUUUAAGAGUUAUAAUGUGUUCAGGAAAAUACAGAAUGAUAUAAAACAUACGUCUUAUUGCGUACUCUGAGAAAUCAUGAUAUGAAAAUAAAGACCUGGUUAGAUUAUGAGUAUAAUAGGCAAAUCAUAAGGCAGUCAUUUUAGCAAACCAUUAUAAAAUCGUGUCACAAACAAUAACGCUUCAAGAUCUUUAUUUUACAAGGAUGCAUACUGGUAUACAAACUGUUUAUGGUUUCUGAAUGUGUUUUGGCAUGCUGCAUGUUUUCCUCUGUUCUCCACGUGCACGUCUUCUAUAAUGUAAUAAAUAAUUUUAUCUAACACUAAUAUGUUGUUAUGACACCACCAAAAAGUGGUGACAUAUUGUUAUGGUCUCCGUUUUUUUGACGCCGGAUGGUGGUUGGCGAUCGGCGUAUGUAACAAAUUCUUACAACUUCCAAUAACUUAACAAAUACUGUUUAGACUGACUUCAAUUUUUUUCAAAAUCAUCUACAUGUUUUCAGAAGUUCAGAUCUGACUUCAUAUAUAAGAUUUGACCUUCAAUGACCUUUUGAAGGUCAAAAAAGGUAAAAAGGUAUUUUUUCAACUUGCUUCAAAUUGACCAUUUCUUUUUUCAAAAUCAUCUACAAGUUAUCACAAGUUCAAAUCUGACUUUAGAUUUGACCUUCAAUGACCUUCUCAAGGUCAAAAAAGGUCAAAAAGAUAUUUUUCAACUUGCUUCAAAUUGACCAUUUUUU